AGUCAAGCACUAAAUCACAAUGGAUCUUUUCUCCCUCUCAGGCAGAACUGCACUCGUUACCGGUGCCACACGCGGCAUAGGCCAGCAAAUGGCUAUCGCCAUGACCGAAGCUGGCGCCGACAUUGUCCUUGUCCAGCGAGACACCAGCAACCAGGACACCAAGCAACAAAUCGAAGGUCUCGGACGCACCGCAACCAUCUACACGGCAGACCUCUCGUCCCGACCUUCCAUCUCAGCCCUCGUAGCCUCCGUCCUCAAAGAUGGCCAUGACAUCUCCAUCCUGCUCAACUGCGCUGGCAUCCAACGACGACACCCGAGUCAUCUGUUCCCGGACUCGGACUGGGAUGAGGUCCUGCAAGUCAACCUAUCGACCGUCUUUACGCUCUGUCGGGACGUCGGUGCCUACAUGCUGACUCGCACCCCGGACGUCUCUGGCCACCGCGGUAAUAUCAUCAACAUAGGCUCUCUGGUCUCCUUCCAGGGUGGGUUGACGGUCCCCGCCUAUGCGGCUGCCAAAGGGGGUGUCGCGCAGUUGACCAAGGCGCUGUCCAACGAGUGGGCAGCCAAGGGAGUCAAUGUGAACGCCAUCGCGCCGGGAUAUGUAGCCACAGACAUGACAUCAGCCUUGAUGCAGGAUCCGGAACGGUCAGCGGGGAUUCUAGGGCGGAUUCCGGCGGGCAGAUGGGGGAGCCCGGAGGACUUUAAGGGGGUGACGGUGUUUCUGGCGAGUCGGGCCAGUGGGUACGUGACGGGGGAGGUGUUGACGGUGGACGGAGGGUGGAUGGGGAGGUGA